UCAGAACCCUACACUGGACCGGAGGAACAUUUUUCUAAUGUUCUUUUGAUCAUAUAAUGAGUGUUUGAAGCCGACAGCUUCCCCGCAACACAGUCGCUUCCCACAUCAGAAACAGAGACGAGCAGAUCAUUCAUGACCCAGGCUGCCCCUGUCUCUGCCUGAAAGAAUGAUGGCGGGCGCAGGUGCGAGAUGCACUUGGGGUGCACGCAGUGGCGUUUCAAGGGCCUCCGCAUCCUCGGCUGCGACGCCCUACGACCCGGCCAGAGCGCGGGAAGCCUUGAAGAGUCCCAUGGCACCGCAGAGCCCCGACUGGGCGGACAUCGAAGAUGACUGGGACUACGACGAACAGCUCCAGGAGGAUGUCUUUCUGGGUAAAGUGGACCUAUCAGACAAGCUGGAGAUCAAGAACACAUUCUACAACAUCCCUGUUGACUCGUCUAUGAGAGAAGGAGAUGAUCCGACAGGUCAGAACUGGUCGUCUGCACCUCCUGAUUUGGUGCAGAAGUCAUGGCGUAGCAGGUUUCCCCGGAUGGAAGCGGCGCACAAUCGUGGUGAGUGUAAGCCAUGUGCAUAUUUCUUGUACAAGCCGGAUGGAUGUCGCAACAGUGACCAGUGCCCGUACUGCCACCUCUGUCGGAAAGGGGAGAUUAAACGCCGCAAGAGGAAGAAGAUCAAGGCACUCAAGGCGGCUGCAGCAGCUGCAGGUGAGGCUGGCGAGGCUGACAAGGACGGGAGCUCAGAAGACACUGAGCCGCCCAACCAGUGAGAGAUAUAGGACCAGAUAGGAUACUGUAGAAAUGUUUUUGUUGGCCACUUGGCCAUCAGCCUCAGCUCUGAGCCGUGGUUGCCUCCGGCAUUCAUGAGCAAAGGCCAUUGUGCGU